UUCAACGAUAUGGACAUGGCAUAUCUUUCGGUGUUGUUUGUCAUUCAUCACUCGUGUUCUGAAACUCGAUGACCGGCAAAAAUCGAGUUAGCUCGCGUUGCACGAUCAUGCAAUAUUUUCGUCGUGUUAGUGCACGCGUCCCCACGAAUUAUUGUUGAUCGAGUAUCAAACAAUUACCUCAAGUGAAACCACGAGGACGUUACCAAACCGCGAAUACAUUGUGCCUACCUCAAUUUUUUCAUUAUGGAUCAUCGCAUUGCGAGAGAACGUUUCCCUUCAUCAAGUAGUACCGACGAUGAUCAAAGCGGUUCUGACACGGAACACGAUUCGAACUCAUUGCGCACUAAAGUCCAUUCUGGGAUAGUUCAUCAUACUAGUACGCAUUCCGUGAGAAAACGUCGUGGAAACUUACCAAAGCAUUCAGUGAAAAUUUUAAAACGAUGGCUUUACGAGCACAGAUACAACGCAUAUCCAAGCGACAGCGAGAAAUUGACGUUGAGUCAAGAAGCGAAUUUGACAGUACUCCAGGUUUGCAAUUGGUUCAUAAACGCUAGACGACGAAUUUUACCGGAAAUGAUUCGAAGGGAAGGUCACGAUCCUCUACAGUAUACAAUAUCUCGUCGCGGUAAAAAGAUGCCUGCUGGAAGUCACCAACAAUCAUCCGCUGUUGGUUCAAGAUCCAAUCAAAACUGGGAUUCGUUAGCUGGCAUGAGUGCCCCGAAACGUAGCAGAGACCACGAUUACGAAGAUCCUGCUGGAUUAAUGUAUCGAAGCGAAGAAGAUAGUCCAAAUGAUUAUGAGAGCAGUUCUCAUAGCGAGGAGGAACGUCCAUCGACGCAAUGGCCGAGCGUAAUAGUGUACCCUUAUUCAGAAACUAAAGUUGAACAAAAUGUUGGUCAACUUGGUGCUUAUGACGAAGCGAUUACCCAUCCAGCGCGUCGAGGAGAUGAUGAUGAAUCUUCUAUGGGAAAUGAAGCCGCAUAUUGGAGUGCACCUAGACAGCAUCUUAUUCAAACAUCUGAUGUGCAGCAUGAAACAGAAGUGUAUAGCACACGCAACGCUCAUAGUCCUCAUACAGAUGAGACGCCACCUCCAACACCUCCCGAGGAAGAUAAAGACAAGUUUAAGUGUCUCUACUUACUAGUUGAAGCAGCUGUUGCUGUACGACAACAGGAAAAAGAACGUGAAGGGGCUGUACCAGUUUAACAAGAGCACUGUUUCUCGUAGUUUAUAUUGGUGUUUUUUAAUCUUCGAUUCUCCAUUGUCCUGUGGAGAAUGCAAAAUAAUUUUUUUCGCUUGGUAUCGUCAUUAUGAAAUUGAUAAUUUUUUUUUCUCUCUUUUUUUUCUUUUUUUUUAACCUUUACAAUUUACAAUAUAUUAUCCUUUCUAAUAUUUUACUUCUUUCGUUAAUUUUUCUACGUAUGUCUACUUGCAUAAAGAAAGGAGAAUAUCAAAGACUUUGGAAAGACGAACAAUCAGAAGUAUAUACAUACAGCUAUUAAAUAAUUGUGUAUAUGACAGUGUUCUUCAGAUAUUGUGAUUAUCUUCGUAAAACACGUGAUUUAUGGGUGCAUUAUUUUGAAAUGACAUACAACGAAAACUCUCGAAAUAAACACUUGAGAACGGUAUUGUUAUUGUUCUUUAGUGUUCGUUGUUUCCUUUGAAGCAGCAACAAGAGUUCUUCCGAAUGGAGAACUAAUGUAGUAGCGAAGCAAUCUAUCCUGCCGUUUUAUUGAAAAAGUAAAAUAUACGAUAUAAAUUAAUAUCGAAUAUUAUACUGCGCGAAAAUGACACACCUGAAUAAGAUGCAUUCUUUUUGUCUCGGUGUUUAUAUUUCUGUCUAUAUGCAUGUUCUAAUACACUAUUGACAAGUGUAAGAUUGAUGGUCAAACAAGUGCCAAAAUAUUAUGUUGCAAGAAAGAUUUUGUUACAAGAGCAGAUCGUAUCGAUUCACGUUUUCGUUCAAGUUUUUGUUCGUGUAUCAUAAAUUGUCAAAAGAAUUCUAUAAUCUUUAUAAUGUUGAUGUAUCACAGAUGCGUGAGUGUCUUCUAACAUUCAUAGAGAGAAAGGGAGAAAUGACAGAAAAAGAAAAAAAUUAGUGACACGUCGCUAUAAGAAUUUGAACAUUUAUGCGUUCCUAUUGUUUUUGAUAAAAAGAAAAAAAAAGAAAAAAAAUAGACUGGUUAACAUUGCUGUUAACAAAUACAUUUUUUAUAUGUAUACGUUUACACUACAAUAAUUUGCUAAACACAUUGCAGCAAAACUACUCCAGUAACAGAAGAACGUUUUUUCAUAUUUUAUUGUUACUUCACUUUCUUUGUCUAUUGAUAUUAAUUAAUUGAAUUCAUUAUAUGACAUUAAUGCAUGCUUUUUAUUCAUAUUUCGAAGUUAUUCAGUAGUAAUCAAUAGUCAAUAUAUUAUUUGUACAUACAAAUAGACAUCCUUUCUUUAGCUAUUAGCUCUUUUCUCUCUCUCUCUCUCUCUCUCUCUCUCUCUCUCUCACACUCUCUCUCUCUCUCUCUCUCUCUCUAUCAUUAUUAUUGUUGAAACAAUAUACAGUAAUCUAUGGCAGUUGUGAUUUUUAUGGCGUUUACAUUCGCAUUUAUAUUAGAUAGAUAAGACUGCUCGAAAAGAGAUUUGUAUUCAUAGUGACGAGUUUGCAUAAAAUUAAUGCAUCUCCCUUUUCUCCCUAGGACAAUCGAACGAUACCAUAAGAUUUAAUAAUAUCAAGUAACCGUUUAUCUUGUGCGAAUAUAAAAAGAAAUGUUUUUCAAAUAAAAAAAAAAAAUGAUACACGGAACGCGUGAACAGCACUUUACUAAUUACAGUAAAUGCAAAUAUCGAAUGAUAAGCGCAUGUGCCUAUUAAGAGAUAAAUUUAUAGAUGAUAAGUAUAUAUACAUAGAUUUAUGUAUUACAGCCACAUGAUUCAACGUACGUUACACAAAAACACGAAUUUUUAAAAGUUCGUUAUUUGGAAAUUAGCGUCAUGAAAUACAAAUUGUGUAUAGAAAAAUCAUUGGUACAAACGCCAAAGACUUAACCGUUAAUUAUAUAUAUAUAUAUACACACACACAUCUUGAAUAAUUAAGUUCUUUAAAUAAAUUCACUUAGAGAAGUCUUCUUUGCCGAAUACGUAGCUAAUUAAUGUGUUUGUUGUGUGCUCGAGCGUUUGAUAUAAUGUUAAAAAGAUAAGAAAAAAAAAAAUAAGGAGAAGGAAAAGGGACUAGAGUAAAGGAAUGAGAAAAGAGAAGAAAAAACGGAUGUAUCACGAAUAAAAAAAAAAAAAAAAAAAAAAAAAAAAAAAAAAAGAAAAGAAAAUAAGCAGGAAAGAGGAAGAAAAAACAGAUAGAAUAGAAAAUGUUGGAUAAACGUGCCUAUGAAAUUUGUAUUGCAGCAUCAAUUGGUGGCGCAUAUCGAGAAGGUGUGAAUGUAGACGCGAACGUGGAUCGAUGCAAUUGUAAGCGUCAUAAGAUAAGUUUGUACAUGUAUGUUUGCAUCGAUAUGCGAGCUAGAUCCAAAUCGUGUUCAAACGAAGCAAAGUUCAUUAAUGUACAAAAUAUAUUUCAAAUUUAUUUUUAAAUGGCGAUAAUCAACGGUUGCGAGACCGUUACAUUAAAAAACUAUUAAGAAGAUACUUUACAUUAGUUUAAGAAUAGAUCUCUCUCCGAUGAAAACGUAAGCUUGCGAAAAUGAUAAUCUUCGGUCGCACGCUGAAUGACAUGGAUAAUGACGUGGGUUAGAAUGACGAGGAUGAUGACGAAGACGAAAACGGCGAAAACGACGAAACUGACAAAAAAAGAACUACGUAGAAAGUGUAUAUCGAUCAAAUUGUUGCUGUUAUUCGUUUCCAUUGUUUAUAGUCAAAGCAUCUGUUUUUAGAAUGGUACGGUAGCAUUACAGCUCAGCUCUAUUUUAUGUUCCCUUAUUUGGAUAUAACAAAAGCGAACAAAAUGAAAAAUGGGCUGAGCUGAAAUAACGCAUGCGAAGUAAAAUUAAUUAUCUGAUAUAUCUUGAUAGUUCCUAAUUCAUUCAUAGUUUACACUAUCAGAGAAACGAGGGGAACAGAAGAAGUGAUGAAUGGUGAAUGCAUGUAUGAGUAGCAAUCGUUAUUGAGUCGCAUAAUUAUAAAGCAAUAAGCGUGCCUUGUUCAAAUGUUCUAAAUGCAUACUGAUAAUGAUAAUAUAACCGAAAGUAGCGUCGAAACAUUCGCCGAAUUCGUCGAAUUUAUUAUUAAUAUAUUUACCAUUUCGAAAACGUUAAGAUGCGUAAAUGAAGUAAAAGCAUAGAACACGCGUUUUCUUUUUGAUAAAUUCUCCUCUCGAAAGGAAGAAAGAAAGAAGAAAAGAGAAAGAGAAAGAGAAAAGAAGGAAAAGAAAUAGAAAAAAAAAAAAGACAAAAAUUACAUCAGUUGAGGCGUAUAAUUAAAGAUUAGAAAUAUAUAGAAAUUGAAAAAAAAGGAAAUAGUAAAGAAGUAGAUUAGAAGAAAAGCGUUCAUUAAAUAUAAAAUCUUGCGUUCGUAUAUAAAGAAAGUACUUAGUAAUUUUUUCAAAUUGUCAUUUCUUGUACAUAAGAGAAAUAUUAAAUGACAGAGGAAAGUAGAGGAGAGUUGAAGAACGGGGAGAGAAAGAGAGAAUAUUUCUAAUUAUUCUAUCUAUACAUUAUUCUCUUGCAUACAUACAUAUAUUAAAUCCCGAAUAAGCAUAUUCGGUCAGAUUAAAUAUUUUCAUAUGCUCUUAUAUACCAAGCAAAAUUAGUUGACGAAAAUGAAUUAACGAAUAACAUACGUAUAAGAUGUAUUAGAUGAUUCGAAAAGUAGUAUGAAAGAUGAUUUUUGUGUGUUUACUACACGAGGGCAUGUUUUUAUAUACACAGAUACAUAUAUAAAGAGAAUUUGCUAGUUUCAGUUAUUAUCCGAUACACAGCUCUUAAAUCUUUAAAUCCUUAUUUUUGACAUUAUGUAUAAAUAGAUUGCGUAUAAGUACAUUCGACAAAUGAAAUGAAAUUUCAUUGUUUGUUUCUCGUAAUGCGUAACGAGUAAGAGAAAUAUUUUAUUAAAAACGAUUAUUAGUAACGAUAAUGUAAUAAAGAUUCUCGAAUUCUAAUGUA